GUUUCUUCCAAUUGUGCCCUAAAAUACGUGAUUACUGAUGAUUCCCAUAUCCAGGGGAGUUGCAACUCUGUUUUCCAUGCGCUUCUGCAGAAGGACUCCUUUGAUCCAGCUGUGUGGAGCAGAGAAAUGGGAUUCUCCCGUGGUGAGGUUAUGCACCACUGUUGCCGCCAAGGGGGAAAACCCGGAAGAAGUCCCGGAAAAGCCAAAGAGGAAGCGCAAAAUAAGAAAACCGGACAAUGUCACAGCUCAGAAGGAGUUUCACACAUUCUUCCAAACAGAUAAGCAGAAAUCUAUCCUAAACAGAUUUCCUGAAAAGUACUAUCAGAAGAAAACUGUCUCGCCGAAUCACUUUUACUGCGUCGAUGAAUCUGUGGCGGAAGUCAUUGCGAAACGCGUGAGUGAAGCCUCAUUGUCAAAUUGUCCGAUCGUGGAAAUGAAUCCUGGCUGUGGAAUUGUCACCAAGGAGUUGCUGAAACUCGGUAACCGGAAGAUUCAUCUGUUUGAAGCGGAUGAAGCCUUCAAGCACUACUUGCAGGACAUCGUCGAGGGUAACGAAGAAAUGACUUUGAAAUACUAUGAUCUCACGCGUUUGGACAAGCUUGCUUUUCAGGAUAAGCUGGACAAUGGGAAUCGCGUCCAGACGCUCCUGAGGGAGAAGUUGCCAACAAAGGAAUGGACAGAAGAACCAAAUGUGAGGAUCGUUGGAACAAUUGGCGGAAAGACUUUCUUCAAGGGUUUAGUUAAUUCCAUAAUUUAUCAAAAUGGUCUCCUGACCUAUGGACGAUGUGAAAUGUUCCUAGUAGUUCCUCCUCCUGUUUACAUCAGCUUGACUUGCGCACGAGACGCCGGAUACUUGGUGUACCGAUACUUGACGGUGCUGUUCCAGAUCUUCUUCGAGUAUGAGUUCAUCCAGAAAGUGCCUAGAAAAUCUUUCCUACCCUGGCAGAACGAUUACAAUCCCGCGAAGUACAAAAAGCUGUUAAAAGUUAACUCCGUCGACAGCGAUUACCUCUACUUGGUGAGAAUUGUGCCACGGAGGGAGGCGUAUGAACUGUGUCCCUUGGAGGACAUGCAAGCUCUGUGGUUCUUCGUGAAGCAGAACAUGAUCAGUCGGACAAAUCGCAUUAUUCCGUCUAUGGAGAAGUACGUUCCGUACUGCGGACUGCGCCUCAUAUCGCAUAUGGGGGGUUCGAUGGAAUGCCGAGAGCAGGAAAAACCCGCGAGUGCGGAACUUCCACCGCUGGUGCAGCCUUGUCGGCACAUCUCGAGGACCGAUCACCACAGAGACAUGAACAUUUUUACACAGUUUGGAGACCUGACGCCAGCUGAGAUGUUAUCACUGUUUUACCAGUUUCGCAAUUGGCCGGAGUACAAGCAGAGCCCAUUCUUGUCUCUCGUGGAGAACAAUUUGCUGAAGAUGUUCAUCGCUCAGGAUGGCAAUGCCGACGAGGCGGAGACAUUCGAGAAGAGCCAAGCAGAAGAUGGGGGAAGUGAUAACGCAAGUCGCCUUUAGCGU